AUGGGUUUCUCAUCCACAUCAUCUACUUUGCUAUUCCUUGGAAUAUGUGUUGGUCUCGUCUUGGGAUUGUUCACUCGUGUCCAGGACCAUCGCACAAUACUGAAGCACGAGCAAAAAGGUAUACCUCUGGAGCCGGAGCACAAGCUUCUUGAUUUCGCGAUUGGAGCCCCUAUGCUUGUUGGUGGACUUUGGUGGUUUGCAUGGACUAUUCCUCCUUUCAUCGCCAACGCUCAUUGGAUCGUGUCGACAAUUGCGCUGGUGUUCAUCGGAUAUGCUGUCAACGAAUUCGACUCGGUCCUGGCAGGGUAUCUCGCAGACAGCUAA